AUGGAGCUCGGGGCUUGCUGGUGCGGGCGGUCGAGGCGCGACGUGGGGUGUGGGCUGGAAGGUGCUCGCGGCGUCAACGGGAGGUGCGGAGUGCUGGGGGGUGCGGGCGUCGGGGGGCAGAGCGCGGGGCGUAGGGGCGGCGACGGGCUCGAACCGGGGCGCGGUGGUGUGGGCUGCGGUGGACGCGGGCGGGGCGGAGGUCGAUGGGCGAACCGACGGGCCGCAGCGAGGCUAUUUGACGCCGGUGGUCGGCGGCUCCAUGGUUUUUUUUCGGACGGGGCGAGAGGCUGGCGGAGGCGCGAUCUCGCGGGCGAUGGAAGCGCGGCGCGGAGGUGCGGGCGCGGUAGUGCGCGGUCGGAAGCUCAGGCAGCGAGGGGUCAACGGCGGAAGAAGAACUUGCAAGGAAGAAGAUGA